AUGUCUCAAAGUUCAUCAAUUGUAAAUUUAUCUUUUAUUUUCUUAACAAUUCUUUAUUGCCAAGAGUCAGUUUGUCAGCUCACAAUGCUCAUCUAUAAAAUUGAAUGUCCAAAAGAUAGUGAAUCAACUUACGUAAAAAAUGCAGUUUGUGGAAUCCAAACUAUGAAAAAUGGAACAUAUGCAAUCAAUGCAUAUCUAGAUCUGGUGCGUCCAAUGAACUACGUCAAUAUAUCCCUAACUGUCACAUUUCGUUCCUCCAACAAAGUAAUAUUCGAUACAAAUUUCGAGUACUGCAGUUCUUAUGGACAUCUCCCGCCAUUUGUUGGUGCUGUGUUUGCAAUUGUUGAAAGAAAUACCAAAAAUGUUAUACAUCCGUGUCCUUAUCAUCCAACAAACAAAGUUGGUGCUGAACAUUUUAUACUUGAUUCAAAUUCACCUAUUCUGUCGGUUGUCAAUUUUCAACGUGGAGAUUAUAAGGCUCUGUUUUUCAUGCGAGAUAAGAAGCAUAAUUUGAUAUUUUAUUUGCAUUGCUACAUAUCGAUUAAUCAGAAAAAAGCACAGAAGAGUAGUAAAAAUAAUGGAUAA